CCAGAAAAACCCCUAUCAUCAAAGAUCAAAACCCUCCAGCUUCAGCUUCCCCUUCCCCCCAAAAAAAUUACAAAUAGAAAACCCCAAAAACCCGAAUAUAAAAGCCCCUCUCCGUCUUCCUCCUUCCUCACCCCAUUUCUCUCCGCCGCUGCGCUUCCCUCUCCCUCUGUCCGCAUUCAUUUUCCCAUUACUUCGGAGGGCUUCUUUCCCAAAUUUCCGGCAAUGGGUUCGGGGCUGCUCCCAGAUCUCGGCACCGAGAUAUUCAUCCCGGUGUGCGCCGUCAUCGGCAUCGCAUUCGCUCUGUUUCAAUGGGUGCUGGUCUCCCAAGUCAAGCUCUCCCCUGUCGCUUCUUCCGGCAGCAGGGACUCGCCCAGCAAGAACGGCUACAACGACUACCUGAUUGAGGAGGAGGAAGGGUUGAACGACCACAACGUCGUUAUGAAGUGCGCCGAGAUUCAGAACGCCAUUUCUGAAGGAGCGACUUCUUUUCUCUUCACGGAGUACAAGUAUGUUGGGAUCUUCAUGGUUGCGUUUGCAGCUCUAAUCUUCGUGUUCCUCGGCUCGGUCGAGGGAUUCAGCACGAAGCCACAGCCUUGCAGCUACGAUCCCAAGAGGACCUGUAAGCCUGCCCUGGCUACUGCUGCUUUCAGCACCAUAUCAUUCCUGCUUGGUGCUGUCACCUCGGUGGUGUCCGGGUUCCUUGGGAUGAAGAUUGCUACGUACGCGAAUGCCAGGACGACGCUCGAGGCGAGGAAAGGAGUUGGGAAGGCCUUCAUUGUUGCAUUCAGAUCCGGUGCAGUCAUGGGGUUCCUGCUUGCUGCUAAUGGACUUGUGGUGCUCUUCAUUACCAUCAACGUGUUCAAGCUCUACUAUGGUGAUGAUUGGAGUGGCCUUUUCGAGUCGAUCACUGGUUAUGGUCUGGGAGGAUCUUCCAUGGCCCUGUUUGGGAGAGUUGGUGGCGGGAUUUACACCAAGGCUGCUGAUGUUGGUGCUGAUCUUGUUGGGAAAGUUGAGAGGAAUAUCCCUGAGGAUGAUCCUAGAAACCCCGCUGUGAUUGCUGACAACGUGGGUGAUAACGUCGGUGAUAUUGCCGGUAUGGGAUCUGAUCUUUUCGGGUCAUACGCCGAGGCAUCCUGUGCUGCCCUCGUAGUGGCAUCCAUUUCAUCCUUUGGCAUUGACCAUGACUACACCGGAAUGCUGUAUCCCUUGCUGAUCAGCUCCAUGGGUAUUCUAGUCUGUUUGAUCACCACUCUCUUUGCAACUGAUUUCUUCGAGAUCAAAUUGGUCUCAGAAAUUGAGCCGGCAUUGAAGAAGCAGCUCAUCAUUUCCACGGUGCUGAUGACUGUUGGAAUCGCCAUCAUUACCUUCAUCAGCGUUCCAGCUACCUUCACCAUCUUCAACUUCGGAACCCAGAAAGUCGUCCAUAACUGGCAACUAUUCUUGUGCGUUGCUGUUGGUCUAUGGGCUGGCCUUAUCAUCGGAUUCGUGACAGAGUACUACACCAGCAAUGCUUACAGUCCGGUUCAAGACGUUGCUGACUCCUGCCGUACUGGAGCUGCCACUAAUGUCAUCUUCGGCCUUGCAUUGGGAUACAAGUCUGUCAUUAUCCCAAUCUUUGCCAUUGCAGUUAGCAUCUACGUCAGCUUCAGCUUUGCCGCAAUGUAUGGAGUUGCAGUUGCUGCUCUUGGAAUGCUCAGCACCAUCGCCACCGGUUUGGCCAUCGAUGCCUAUGGUCCCAUUAGUGACAACGCCGGAGGAAUAGCUGAGAUGGCAGGAAUGAGCCACAGAAUCAGGGAGAGAACUGAUGCACUUGACGCUGCAGGAAACACCACUGCCGCCAUUGGCAAGGGUUUCGCCAUUGGUUCAGCUGCACUUGUCUCCUUGGCCCUCUUCGGCGCCUUUGUGAGCCGUGCAUCCAUCUCAACAGUCGACGUGCUGACCCCCAAAGUGUUCAUCGGUUUGAUUGUCGGAGCUAUGCUUCCUUACUGGUUCUCCGCCAUGACAAUGAAAUCAGUCGGAAGUGCAGCCCUGAAGAUGGUAGAGGAAGUCCGUCGUCAGUUCAACACCAUCCCUGGAUUAAUGGAAGGCACAGCCAAGCCCGAUUACGCCACCUGCGUCAAGAUCUCCACCGACGCCUCCAUCAAGGAAAUGAUCCCUCCCGGCGCCCUUGUCAUGCUCACACCACUCAUCGUCGGAAUCUUCUUUGGUGUUGAGACUCUCUCCGGUGUCCUCGCCGGUUCUCUCGUGUCCGGUGUCCAGAUUGCUAUCUCUGCAUCGAACACCGGUGGUGCAUGGGACAAUGCCAAGAAGUACAUCGAGGCGGGCGCUUCGGAGCACGCCAGAACUCUUGGCCCGAAAGGCUCCGACCCACACAAGGCCGCGGUGAUCGGUGACACCAUUGGAGACCCGCUGAAGGACACCUCCGGGCCGUCGCUCAACAUCCUCAUCAAGCUCAUGGCUGUCGAGUCGCUUGUGUUCGCGCCGUUCUUUGCCACUCACGGUGGCUUGCUGUUCAAGCUAUUAUGAACCAUCGAUGCAGAUUGGAGACGGUGACAAAGCACUGAUGGAUCUCUUGCCCCAGGAGAGAUUGUUCUCACAUAAACAUGGUAGCAAGUCGGUAGUUUUUGCGGGUUUUAUUGGAGUCAUUGCAAUUGUUUCUCUCCUCCUGCCUUUGGUGGUAGAGGAAAUUUUUCCGCUAGGGUUGGUGAUGAAGAAAAGAGAAGUUUUGUCUUGGAUUACUUGAGGAACAAUGUACCACUGAGGAUGGUGUUUUUGUUGUUGUAGGGUCAGUCGGUUUCAGUUUCUAGGGCAACCAUUUUGUACUCCUGUGGCGUUUGUUUGUUUGUUCACGAUGAGUUUACUAUUUCUGACUGGGUGUUAAUGGCGGGUUUACAAUGGUUUACCUCUUUUUCCUUCUAGCAUUUGUCACACGUGAGAUUUCUACACCCUUGGAGGUUUUAAAAAUCGUAUCGUGUCGGUUGAUCAUAUCGGGAAUAUCAAAUCUCUAUAUGAUAAGUUGUUUUGGUGAUAUUACACGAUUCACUAACGAUUUUAGUCCAAAAAGACCAAAACACUUUAAAAUUAACUUUUUACUAUAUAUUUUCACGAUUUCGAAAUCAUUGUUGCCUCUUUUAAGAAAGUUUUAGAAUUAACCUC